UUCCCUGGGUCCCUGUUUGGCCAGGAUAGUGCGCAGUAGCAUGAGCUGCCCAUGGGCACUGCAAUCUGCUGUGUUGGUGCCCAUGGGAGGGGCCCAGGGUCAAUUGCUGCCUCUCAGACCCAGUCUGCCCUGAGCCCUGGGGCCAGCCUAGUCAGAUUCCCCUGCCGUUAGCCCCCUGAGCCAGGCCAGAAGGGGCUCCCGGAGGAGCUCUGGGCUCUAAGUCCCAGCCCCUCUCAGAGGAGGCGGGCGGCUGAGGCUCAGCAGCCAGAGGCUUCUCAGCUUGGAGCUCCAGAGCCAGAUGUAACAUUGACCUUAAAUGGUAAAAGCUCCCCAGAGUGAAGAGAGGCUGGCCAGCAGAGGAAGGGGGAAUAACUCAGUUUUAGGUAAGUCAUCCUUAUAUCCAAGAAUAACCUGCUUUUCCAGCCGGGAAGCAGAGGGAACCCUUCUCCUCCUUAAAGCCUGCGGAGCCCAGUUCUCUUGAAGCAUCUCUGGGGCUGACGCAGCGGAGGUUCCGGGCACGCUCAGCCACUCCUGCCAGGAGGCUGCCAUGCCCCACAUUCCUGAGGACGAGGAGCCCCCCGGAGAGCCACAGGCGGCCCAGAGCCCUGCCGGCCAAGGCACUCCUACAGCAGGAAUAUCUUGCAACCCACCCACCAUCAUCCUGACUGGGGAUGCCAGUUCACCAGAAGGAGAAACUGACAAAAACCUGGCCAACCGAGCUCACAGUCCCCACAGGAGGCUUUCUCACCGACACUUGAAGGUUUCUACCGUUUCGCUGACUUCUGUGGACCCUGCGGGGCAUGUUAUUGACCUGGUGAAUGACCAGCUGCCAGACAUCAGCAUCUCAGAGGAGGAUAAGAAGAAAAACCUGGCACUGCUGGAAGAAGCCAAGUCAGUGAGUGAGCGAUUCCUGACCCGCCGAGGGAGGAGAUCUAGGAGCAGCCCUGGAGACUCCCCAUCAGCUGUUUCCCCAAACCUCAGCCCUGGAGCUUCUCCUGCAUCCUCUCGGAGCAACUCACUCACCGUCCCCAUACUACCUGGUUUGGAUACAUGCAGUGGCUCACAGUCCCCCCUUCCUGGAGCACAACCACAGCAGAAGGGGAAUGAGGCUGAACUCUUUUCACCUCACCUUGGUGAACCUAAUGCUCCCAAAGGACUAGCUGACCGGAAGCAGAAUGACCAGAGGAAAGUAUCUCAGGGCAGGCUGACUCCUCGCUCUCCCACAAUUGAGAAAUCCAAAGACAUUGCAAUAGAACAAAAGGAAAACUUUGAUCCCCUCCAGCAUUCUGAGGCCACACCCAAGGGCCCAGCUUCUGGCACAGGUAGUGUGGGGAAAAUGGCUCUGAACAGCCCCCAGCCUGGUCCUGUUGAGAGUGAGCUGGGCAAGCCACUCCUGAAGACAGCCAGGGAGGGCAACCCUCUCCCCAGAGGCCCAGCCCAGGGAUCUGGAGGGGUGGCUCCUUCAACCUCCCCAGGGAAAGGCGCAGCUGGAGAGACAGGAACAUCCAAAGGUGGCUCCAAAGCUGAGCUUCGGUCCCCUGUGUCCCGGCCCCCCCUGCUGCGGGGAGUAUCCUGGGACAGUGGCCCCGAAGAAACGAGCCCCCGGCUGCAGAAAGUGCUUGCCAAGCUGCCGCUGGCGGAAGAAGAGAAGCGUUUUUCAGGCAAAGCUAGCAGCAAGCUGGCCAAGGCACCUGGACUCAAAGACUUUCAGAUACAAGUGCAGCCUGUGCGGAUGCAGAAACUGACCAAGCUCCGAGAGGAGCAUAUCUUGAUGAGAAAUCAGAACUUAGUUGGCCUGAAGCUUCCAGAACUUAGUGAAGCAGCCGAGCAGGAAAAAGGACUCCCUUCUGAACUUUCCCCAGCUAUUGAGGAAGAAGAAUCAAAGAGUGGCCUAGAUGUUAUGCCCAAUAUUUCUGAUGUGCUGCUACGCAAACUGCGGGUCCACAAGUCUCUUCCUGGAAGUGCUCCUCCACUCACUGAAAAGGAAGUUGAGAACGUGUUUGUACAACUGUCCUUGGCCUUUAGAAAUGACAGCUAUACCCUGGAAUCUAGGAUUAAUCAGGCCGAAAGGGAACGUAACCUGACAGAAGAGAAUACAGAGAAGGAACUGGAAAACUUCAAAGCUUCUAUUACGUCCUCAGCUUCACUCUGGCACCACUGUGAGCACCGGGAGACCUACCAGAAGCUGCUGGAGGACAUUGCUGUCCUGCACCGCCUGGCUGCCCGCCUCUCCAGCCGGGCUGAGAUGGUGGGGGCUGUCCGCCAGGAAAAGCGUAUGUCGAAAGCCACAGAAGUGAUGAUGCAGUAUGUGGAGAAUUUGAAGAGGACGUAUGAGAAGGACCAUGCAGAGCUCAUGGAGUUUAAAAAACUUGCAAAUCAGAAUUCAAGCCGCAGUUGUGGCCCCUCUGAAGAUGGGGUUCCUCGUACAGCACGGUCCAUGUCCCUCACACUGGGAAAGAACAUGCCCCGCCGGAGGGUCAGUGUUGCCGUGGUUCCCAAGUUUAAUGCCCUGAACCUGCCCGGCCAGUCUUCCAGCUCAUCACCUAUCCCCUCCUUACCAGCCUUGUCAGAAUCACCCAAUGGGAAAGGCAACCCACCUGUCAGCUCAGCACUGCCUGCACUUUUGGAAAAUGGAAAAACAAAUGGGGACCCAGAUUGUGAACCCUCUGCUCCCAUGCCAACCCUGAGCUGCCUGCAGGAGAUCAGCCAGGAGCCCAAGGCCAGGCUGGAGGAAGCAGCGUUCAACACAGGAUACCAGGAAGGUCUAAAGAAGACUCCAGAGUUUCAAGACCUAAAAGAGGAGGAAGAGGAACAGAAGAGUGAGAGUCCUGAGGAGCCUGAAGAGACAGAAGAAACUGAAGAAGAAGAAAAGAACCAGAGAAGCAGCAAACUUGAAGAAUUGGUUCAUUUCUUACAAGUCAUGUAUCCCAAACUGUGUCAGCACUGGCAAGUCAUAUGGAUGAUGGCCGCAGCAAUGCUGGUCUUGACUAUUGUGUUGGGACUCUACAAUUCCUAUAACUCUUGUGUGGAGCAGACCGAUGGGCCACCUGGGAGAUCCACUUGCUCAGCAGCCCAGAGAGACUCCUGGUGGAGCUCAGGACUCCAGCAUGAGCAGCCUACGGAGCAGUAGGAAACCUGACACCUAAUCAGUGUCCUACUCCAGCACACAGCCUACCACCCUUUCCCCAACCACGUGGUGUCAGGCCUGGUAUGGGCAUGCUGCCACCAGCCCAUCAGGGAAUGAGCAGGGGUUCUUUCACAUGCAGCACCCCUGUGGAAGCUAACCAUAUGUUCUUGGAUCUAAUCUGAUGUUCUUGGAGGAGCAACAGAAUUGCCCUGGGAGAGGAUUCAGUGGACAAAGAAGUCACCUUCAUCAAGGGACCCUAGGAAAAGGGAAGAUCACUGUCCUUAGCUCAAAUGGCUGGGAGAAAUAAAAUGCCUUCACUGCAGAAGACAGUAAGAAGCUCACUCUCCUUUUUUCCUCUCUGCAAUCAGAAAUCAGGAAGAAUUGUGCUUAACAGCUAAGUCUGACCCUGGAAUUAGAGUUGCAACAUGAGUAUCUUCCCAUUUCCCAUCUCAUUCUCACUGACCUCCCUUCAGCCUCCAUUUCUCCCUUUUAGAAUCAGACUUUCUCUUUACAGAAGUAGGAAAGGCUUCUCAGAACAGUAUUUAGGCUGAACUUAGCUCAGUGCUUGAAAUGAAAUGGGAAGAUAUGAAUGAAUAUAUCUGCAUCUGCACACAUAACACAACACACACAUAUACACAACAUGCAUAUGCAUGAAGAUAACAACCCUCCAAAAGUGUGCUCUGGGUUUGUGUUCUGGAAAAAGAAAAUGCAUGUCAUGUCAACCCACAGAUUUUCACUAGGUGUAGGCAGUCACCAGGCACCUACCUGUUCAAUGAGCUCUCCAUGUGGAUUGAAGAUAUUUAAAAACACUGAAAACUCAUGGCUUCUAUGUCAAACUAAUGGUGCCCAUUUCAAAUGCAAAUUUUCUGCUGCUGUACAGCACAGUCUGAUCCAUAUUUGUUCUGUCCCUUUGAAAGCAGAUAACUCACCUCUGAGAUGAAUGAGGAGACACUGUGUGCUUUCAGCUUCUCUGUUCCCACAUGCAAGUAUGUGGUUACACCUUCUUGUUUCAAUUCAAUUGGAAUUUCCUAUCCAAGAAUGUUUUGGAGCAUUUCUGAUUGUUCUGCAUAAAACUGAGAGUACACAUCCCCUUUCUAGUUUGACAUCUUAUUCUACCUUUGCAGACACUGCUUCAUUCAUCCCUCAUCAAUUUUGGGGAGGUGUUGGUUUCUCAGUGGGUUUUAUUGUGGUUGUUUGCUUUUGGUUUGGUUUUGUUGUAGAUGUUUGACUUUGUCACUAACACUCAUUUAGAACUUACUAUGAGCUAAACAUUGUUUUAGAUAUUAUAUAUAUAUUAAUCCGUUUAGUCCUCAAGAGAAAGAAAAAACUACAAAGAUCCCCUUUUCAGAUAAGGAAACUGAAGCACAAAAAAGGACAAAUAACUCACCAAGAAUACCCGGUUAGUAACUCAUGAAGGCAAAACUCAAACCCAGGCAGGCUGAUUCCCAGGGCUUUGCUUUAAACCCAUGCACUAAAUUGCCUUUUCCAAGAUUCUCCUAAGUAGAUGCUUUAAAUUGCAUUCCCAUAGCCCACAUGGUCUUCAAUCACUCCAAAUCAUUUCUGGUCCCCAGACUAACCUGUUUACCCUCACAGCUCAGGACCUCUACUCACUAGUUUUCCUUCUGCCAUUCUCCUCUUUUCUUCCGAUCACUCUUCAGAACCAGGUGCAAAAAUCACUCCAUCCAUGUGGGCACUGGUGACCUCCCUCCAUCUCCCAUCAUACCCACAUAAUAGGUCACACCUUCCUCUGUGCUUUCCGGUACUUUUAAAACAUUUUCAUUAUUGACCGUUACAAUAGUAUAUCAUGAUGACUUAUUUAUGUGUCUGUCCCCGCCCAGCACCCUUCCACAAAGACAAGAAUCAUGUCUUACCCAUUCUCUGGAUAACAUGGUGGCUGAUGCUUGGGAGGGUGUAAUUAAAUGUCAGUCAAAAGAAUGUGAGUAUUCAAGCUGGUGGAGAGCAGACUGAGGACAGCUGACACUUUACAUAUGUCCUAGUAACUAGCAUCUUCACUACUACUACUAUCUCACUGAGAAAAUAACAUCUUUACCAGACUCGAUCUAUUCUAACAUUUCCAUUCUAUUCUGGGAGUAGAAAUGAGACCUGACUGACAUACCAUUUUUAAGCUCAAGAACUGGGCUUGAUACAAUCACUCCUUUGAAUGACCCACCUAAAUAAGGCCCCACUUUAAAACAGCAUGUUGAUUUAAGGAGUGGGGGUCAUCCUUAACAGUGGCUAGAAAACCACUGUGAGAAAAGCCCAAGCCGCAGUUGACUAAGAAUGUGCCAUUAAGGAAAAGAGGUGUAGAUCAAAGUAGACAGACUUUGGGGGCAUGGAUAGAUGAUUUUUUCAUGCCUCUUCCAGUGGGGGGCCAGGCACAUGGAAGGAGGUUUAGGCCUUCAGAGCCAAAGAUAGAAUGCACUGGAUAGUGGCUGCGGGACAGGACUUUAGGUUGGCAAUGUCCUGUCUCAGCCUCUUUUAAAGAAGGACCAAGUUUUACUGGUCCAUUGUCCACUUGGCCACAGGGUCCCCAGCCUUUGUUUCCAGUUAGACAAGGCCAGGAGAGGAACUGCAGUGGCUCCUUAACCUCCAACUGCUCCACAGAAAGGCCUAUAAGAGUAUUUCUAGACCAGGCCCUCACUAAACCAUUCUGUAAGUAAGAGAAGUUGAAGAAAAGAAGGAGCAUAUGAGUAGUCACAUUUACAAGGGAAUUCCUGAGAACUUACUCAACACUAUUUCUUUUCUGAAAAGCAAAGAUUGACCUGAUGCAGGUAAAACUGUUGCAAAAGCAACAGCAAAAUAGAAACAGGAUGUGUAUUUCCAACGGUGACAUUGAUAUGAAAUAAAAACUCCCCUCAAAUUGCCUCUGAGGUCUGACAUUUCUGCUUAGCCCAAGGACUCUGGGUGCCUACCCUCAGUCACCAAGAGAUGGGUUGUUUGUGUCGUUGUUGAUGGCACUUCCAAAAAUGACAUUCACUUUCUGGAUGCCACAAAGCCCACAUGUAUUGCUCCCCAUGUAUAGCCUGGCAGAGUAAAUGGAGAGGGAGAUGCUGGAUUUGUGUAUCACUGGUUGUUUCUAAUGUUGUUAAACCUCACAGGUGUGCUAGCAAUGAACUAUAAAGUGUCACAUACCGAGUUUGAAAUAAAAACACAUUUCCAAACCUUUGA